GUGAAAGGGUGUCUGAAACUCGUACGCGGAUUGGCCAAAUUCCGAAAUUGCGGGAAACACGAAGCAGACAAAAUGAUGGUCAACGCUGGUGACUUCGAAGAGCUUUCUGUAAGUUGUGUUGCCUCUGAAACUGGUAGAAAACCAACGAAGCUUGCAGAUCGGCGACAACUGUUGACACUAGACCAACUACACAGCAGCAAUGACAUAUUUGUCUCGAUCAGCGGUCUCAUCGGGGCGGGCAAGACAACCCUUGCUACAGGGCUAGCCAAGCGCAUGGAUCUUCCUUGUUUCUACGAGCCAGUGGUGGAAAAUACUUACCUUGCGGAUUUCUACAGAGAUCCGAAACGAUACAGCUUUCCUCUCCAAAUUUACUUACUGAAUCGCCGUUUCCAGCAACAUCAGCAGAUUAUUUGGCAAGGCAAGGGAGGAGUGCAGGACCGAACAAUAUAUGAGGACUCUGUAUUUGCAAAGGUUCUAAGAGAUAUGGCAAUGAUGGAACCCCGAGAAUUUGACACAUAUCAGUCACUCUUCAGCAACAUGUCAAAUUUCAUGAAGAAACCUAAUCUCAUUGUGCAUCUUGAUGUCAGCCCAGAAGAAAGUCUUAAGAGGAUAAGAAUGCGCAAACGUGACUAUGAGUCAGAGAUCUCUCUGGAUUAUUUACGAAAACUUUACAAAGCUUACGAAGAAUUCCUAGGUGACAUUUCACGGAUUAUUCCAAUUAUAAGAGUAAAUUAUAAUCAAUUCCAUUCAUCAGAUGAAAUGGCGGAAAUGAUAGUGAGAGAAUAUUCUCAAAUGACAUCUGUAAGGCACGUAACGUUUGAUGAACAUUAAAGUUCUGAAAUACAUGAAGGAAACAGGACGUGGAACAAAGAUAGUUCCAUGCUAUUGACCAUAGAUGUCAUAUUAGUAGUCAGUUGGGAUGUACAUUUGUCCAUUUUUAAAGUUUUAAUCCUUUUUUGUAGUUCCAAGUGCUCCAUAUAACACUGAAUUAGUGGCAACAUGUAAUGCUAAAGUGAUAUGCCUCUAGUGAUGAAUUCAGAGUACAUAUGACAAAUUUCUGUGGAAAUAAGAUACUUGAUCUCAGGCUGGCAAUAUACUGCCU